AUGGAGGAUGAUAUCUCCUCCAUUACCCAUAAACAAGCAGAUACAGUGGAAAGCAUGAAACAGUUGCAGGCCAGAAUCGAUGACCUGGACGAUGCUCGAUGGUGCAACAACUUAGAAGAUAUAAGGCAUUGCCAAAACUAUAGAGGGGCACGAACUCCGACACUUUAUCACGGUUACUGUUGGCCACCCUCCUACCACAACGUCAAGCCGAAGGCAUGCAAUUCAACCACUGCAUCUGUCUGCCAAAAUCGGCUAGGGCUCCAGCUGAGGCUCCACGCAAAGUUUUACUCUGCUUUCCCCUAUUCAGGAAUAAAACAGCAGUGCUAA